AAUUUCAUUGUUUACUUUGCUCCCUGAAAUUCAGCUUUACAAUCAUCGACUUUCACUCUGGAGUGAAGGCCUGCAACUUUCUGUGCACUUCAACACCAGCUUGUUUCGCGGAAGGUCCGAAAACAACAAGAUGGCCAAUGAAGCCAAGCCGUGCCCCUGUGACAUUGGUGACCGGAUGGAGUAUGGAGGACUUGGCCAGGAGGUCCAGAUAGGGCAUAUUAAAGCUUAUGUAGUGAAACCAUCCACUCCAUCUGACAAGGCUAUUAUUGUCAUUCAUGACAUCUUUGGAUGGCAGCUUCCCAACACUAGAUAUAUGGCUGAUAUGCUGGCUGCCAAUGGAUACAUUGCCGUUUGUGCAGACUUCUAUGUCGGAAAGGAGCCGUGGAGUCCAUCCCAUGAUUGGGCCAAUUUUAUGGAGUGGCUCCAAGACAAAAAGCCAACAGAAAUCAACAAAGAGGUGGACGCAGUGCUGAGGUACCUGAAGGAGCAGUGUGGGGCCAAACACAUCGGAGCAGUGGGUUUUUGCUGGGGAGGGGUCGCCACACAUUACCUGGCUUUACAGUAUCCACAAGUCAAAGCCGGAGUGUCUUUUUAUGGAAUAAUUCGCAACACGGAGGACAAGUAUGACCUGAAGAGCCCUACACUGUUCAUCUUCGGGGGGAACGACGACUUUAUUCCUGCAGAACAGGUCAGCGUCCUCGAAACAAACCUGAAGGAGAAAUGCAAGAUUGACUACCAGGUGAAGACAUUUCCUGACCAGACUCACGGGUUUGUCCAUCGCAAGAGAGAGGACAUCAACCCCGCAGACAAACCCAGCAUCCAGGAGGCCAGGAUGGACAUGCUCAACUGGCUCAAUAAGUAUAUGUAAUUGAAAAGUUCAAAAGUGACACAUUUAAGUCGCUCACAUGAAUCAUCAGGAAAGCAAACAGUGCCUUUAAUCAUGAAUCAAAAGUGAAAUGAAAAACAUAGGUGCUAUUUAGUAAAGUUGGUGGUUGUUGCUCAGAUUUCUUUUCUUUUUUUGCUGGGUUGAUAACAUUCCACAUUUUAUUCUCCAAGUCUGGAUGUUGAUUGUACCUUUGAUAUUGAGAAACUGAUCUUAGUGCUAAGAUAGUGAAUUUAAACAAAGCCAAAAAUGUUUAGCACUUUUGCCUUGUGGAGAACAUAUAAAUGCCGUAUCGUGUCUUGUGAAUCUUAAGGUCCUAAACAUUAAAUGGCAACAGAAUGUAGUAAAAGUCCACUUUUUCAUUGUGCUUGCAAACAGUUUUUAAUACUAACAACUAUACGAAAUCAUUUAAGAUGCAUGUAAUAUCUAAUAAACAAUUUUGCACACAAGAAA